CAGCUGCCUUUGCUUCCUGCAUUUGCACUGACUGACUAUAAAGCUCAAGGUCGAUCAGUUCCAAAUGUCAUUGUAGACCUGGAAAGUGCUCGUUCCUGUCAAUUGGCUUAUGUUAUGUUGUCUCGGGCCACUGCAUUCAACCGGUUAUUCAUUUUGCACCCUUUCAAUCAGAGGCGGAUCAUUUCUCAUAUG